AACUUCACUAGGUCUACGUUCAAGAGCUCAAGAGCAAGAGUCCAAGAGCAAAAGUCCAAGAGUCCAAGAGUCCAAGCCACAUAUUCACAAGAUGGGUUCCCUUAAUGAUACCGACUGCAGGCCCGUAGGAUCUUACCCGCCGUCGGGUAUCGAUGUCUUAAUUGUUGGUACCGGGCUUGCGGGACUAACGGCGUCUAUUGAAUGCACGCGCAAGGGACACAACGUGCGCAUUAUUGAGCGCCAUGAUGAUAUUAAUACCGCAGGCGAUAUGUACUUCAUGGGCCACAGUGCUACCAAGUUCUUUCGUCACUGGCCCGAGCUAUCGAAAGAGUAUGAGCUGAUAUCUAUGAAUAAUGCCUGGAUUGAGACCUUCAAGCAUGUCGGCGAACGGAUGAUAACGCCACUAAAGGUUUCGGAGCGUUUGCGUCAGGCUGGUAUGGAUCCGAACACGCCACCCGGCGCUUUUCAGAUGCGUCCGCUCAUCUACCGGAUGUAUCUAAACGAAGUCCAGAGGCAAGGAAUUCAAAUACAAUUCGGCCAGCGCGUCGUUGACUACUAUGAGGAUCAAGAACGUCAGAAGGCAGGCGUCGUGACGGACAAGGGCGAACGCUUCGAAGCCGACGUCGUAAUCGCCGCGGACGGCGUAGGUUCUAAGGGCCAAAAGCUGGUAGGCGGGCAAGUGAGAGCGAUGAGUGCCGGCAGAGCCAUGUGGCGAGCAGCUUUCCCAAUACACCACUUAGACAAGAACCCUAAGCUCAAGGAGUUUUUGAAAAUGGGUGGACCGAACAACGACGAGCCAAUGGUCAGAACAUGGCUUGGCCCCGGGAUGUACGCUAUGGUCCUGAUUCGUCAGGAGACCUGCGUGUGGAUUAUGAACCACGAUAUUACCGGCUCCGAGGAAGAAAGCUGGACUCAUACCGUCGAAUCAGACGAUGUAUUAAAUAACAUCGACAAAGGGCUGGGCUCGCUCACGUGGGACCCUAGAAUCAAGGAGCUCGUCAAGCUGACACCCUCCAAGACCAUCGUCAACUUUGAACUAUUCUGGCGCGAUCCCCGACCGACUUGGGCUUCCCCAGGCGCCCGUGUGGUUCUUAUUGGCGAUGCUGCACAUUCUUUCCUGCCCGCAUCGGGCAACGGUGCUACGCAAGCCAUCGAAGAUGCCGUCUCGCUGGCUUCCUGCCUUCAGAUUGGAGGAAAGCAAAACGUACCAGAAGCAGUAAGCACACAUGUGCGUCUCCGCUUCAUCCGAUGUUCCUGCGCGCAGAAGAUGGGAUUCACCAACGCAGAGCUUCUCCAGCACACCGACUGGGAGAAAGUUAAGCUCAACCCAAAGCUAGCGCAGCCGAAGCUACCGAGAUGGAUCUGGAAGCAUGACCCUGAGCAGUACGCAUACGAGAACUACGAGAAGAUGGCCGAAACUAUUAGGAAGGGAAUUCCUUUCGACCAAGUCGACACGGUACCGCCGAACUAUCCGCCUGGCUAUAAGUACCAGCCCUGGAACAUCGAUGACCUGCAGAAAGACGUGGAAAACUCUACGGUCAACAUGGGUUCGGGAGACUGGGACUAGAAGAAAAUCGUCGAGUUGUCUAGUAAUUUGUGCUAACUGGGUGAUAGAUAGGCCUAGAACAAAUUCCUUUGUCCCUCGGUUGUUUUCCAUCCCAUAUGAUCAUUUCCGUCUUGUAUGGUAUCAUCUUGCAUUGUCUUGAGUAUACGCGAAUAGGCUUAGAUGCGGAAUAUUUCUCGUCUAGAAGAGUAACUAAGUAGAUUCAGUCAGUACCUUAGCUACUAUUCCAAAACUCAUAUUCGUGAAAAGUAGUCUUGAUAGUGGAUAAUUAAAGAGCAUUCAAGUGAAUACCCCUUAUAACAUAAUAUAUGCCCAGAAGCUAGCUUGGAUCCAUAAUGAAAAAGACGACCAACAUGCUUCCAGAAAGUGAAGAAGCCCGGGUGAAUCGUGCAGUAAAGAAAACCAGACUGGAAUUGAGAGGGGCAUUUUACAUCAAAUCGUCAUAA